AUGGGGCAUCUAGAGGAAACCCGGGAACAUCAGGAUUUGGGAGUAGUCGCGAGAAAUGAUAAAGGUGACAUCCUCUUCAAGGGUGCACGACAGUUGCAGGAUGGAACAAAUAACGAAGUAGAGAUACAGACAGCACUAAUGGCAACUGAAUUGGCUAUAAACAUGAAAAUUCCAAAGUUACACCUGGAAGGAGACUCACAAGUGAUCAUCAAUGCAAUUGCUAAGGGCAACACCCCAUCAUGGAAAUUAUCCCAUUGGGUGGAGAUCAUUCGAGAAAAACUGAACCUCUUUGAGGAGUUUCAGGUCUCCCAUGUCAGGCGAGGUGCCAAUGUAGUGGCGGACCUCCUCUCCAACAUCGGAUGUAACAUGACAAGCCAAUUGGCCAAGUGGUGGAAGGGAGAUGGCAGAGUGUGGAAGUGGAGUUAA